UUAUGUUUACAUGCUCAUGACACAAUUUUUAAGAUAUAAUUUGAAUCUUUGUAAAACUUUAACGAUAAUGAAGUUGACAGCACGAGCUCGACAGCAAAAUGAGAGUGGCGAACAACAAGAAAUAAGCGAUUCCAUUUUAUGCGAAAGAGAAGAACUUGAUUUAGGAAUAACAUUGAAAGGGGGUCAAAGUUUCCGAUGGACAGCUUGUGAUAGUGAUGGAAAAUUUAGAGGAGUUUUUGGAAGUACUGUUUGGACAUUGUCACAAAAUGAUAAUAAAAUAAUUUACACAAUGCAUCAAUCACUCCAGAAGGGUUUUAAAUGUGAAGAAGUUUUAUCUAAUUAUUUUCGAUUAGAUGUUUCAUUGAAAGAAAAUAUAAAAACAUGGGCCAAUUCUGAUUCUCAUUUUAAGAGUGUUUAUGAUAAGAUAGGAGCUGUUAGAAUAUUAGAUCAAGAUGUUGUUGAAAAUAUUUUCUCAUUUAUUUGUAGUUCAAACAAUAACAUACAAAGAAUAUCAGGCAUGGUAGAAAAAUUGAGUAGAAUAUUUGGUGAAAAGAUUGGUAUUAUAGAUGGUAAAGAGUAUUAUGAUUUCCCUACGAUAGAAGCACUUUCUAAACCAAAUGUCGAGUUGAUUCUCAGACAAGAAGGUUUUGGAUACAGAGCUGGCUAUAUAGCAAAAAGUGCUCAGAAACUUUUAACUCUUGGAGGCAGACAGUGGCUGCAAGAUUUGAAAAAGGAGAGUGGUACAACUUAUGAACAUGCAAGAGAAAGUCUCAUGUCUCUUCCAGGUAUUGGUCCUAAAGUUGCAGAUUGUGUUUGUCUUAUGUCACUUGGGCAUUUAGAAGCUAUUCCAGUGGAUACUCAUAUAUUUCAAAUAGCAUGUGCAAAUUACAUUCCACAUCUAAGCAAACAAAAAUCUGUAACUCCAAAAAUUCACCAAGAAGUUAAUAAUUACUUGCGUGAACUUUGGGGACCUCUUGCUGGUUGGGCACAAGCUAUUGUGUUCUGUGUAAAAAUUAAUUCCACAGAUAGAUAUAAAAGUAAAAGCAACAAACGCACUAAUAGUGAUGAAAAACAAAAAUCUGUUAAAGUGAAUAAAUCUAAGAAAAGUAAGUAAGUGUAAUUAAAUUGGGACUAUGAAAUAGUUCAUGUUUGCAGUUUGUAAUCAAACGUUUUAUUUUUUUAAAAUACAUAAAGUAUUUUUUAAAUGCAUAUAUUGAGCUUU